GCAGCAGAGCACGCGACUGAGGUAGCAGCGGCUCCCGCAGUGGCGGCAGCUGAGGCGGUAGAGGGCGGGAGAAAGGAGACCCUGGCUUCCUCGGGGACCAGGCUGGGGCAGCCGCGAGGGACCUGGGGGGGCGCUGGCUUUGGCCCCGCCUGGGGCAGGAUGGUGAAUCUGGAGCCCAUGCACACAGAGAUUAAGAUGAGUGGGGAUAUCGCAGAUUCAACGGAUGCCCGCAGCACUUUCAGCCAGGUGGAGUCAGGAAAUGAUCGAAAUGGCUUAGAUUUCAACAGACAGAUUAAGACAGAGGAUCUGGGUGACUCUCUACAGCAGACCCUUUCCCACAGGCCAUGCCACCUGAGCCAAGGGCCUACCAUGAUGCCUGGAAACCAAAUGUCUGGGGACAUGGCUUCUCUCCAUCCACUCCAACAGCUUGUGCUGGUCCCUGGCCACUUACAGUCGGUAUCCCAGUUUCUGCUUUCCCAGACCCCACCUGGGCAGCAAGGUCUGCAGCCGAAUCUUCUCUCCUUUCCACAGCAGCAAGGCACACUACUCCUCCCACAGACAGGGCCUGGCCUGGCCUCCCAGGCAGUUGGGCGCCCUGGGCUGUCCGGAUCCUCUUUAGAUCCCCAUCUGGAAGCACCUCAACAUCUGCCAGUGCCCAAACACCUACCGGGAGGGACCGAUGAGCCCAGCGACCUAGAGGAGUUGGAGAAGUUUGCCAAGACCUUCAAGCAGAGGCGCAUUAAGCUGGGCUUCACACAGGGAGAUGUGGGAUUGGCAAUGGGGAAGCUGUACGGCAAUGACUUUAGCCAGACCACCAUCUCACGAUUUGAGGCCCUGAAUCUGAGCUUCAAGAACAUGUGUAAACUCAAGCCACUGCUGGAGAAGUGGCUGAAUGAUGCAGAAUCUUCCCCAUCAGACCCUUCAGCAAACACUCCCAGCCCCUACCCCACCCUCAAUGAAGUAUUUGGCAGGAAGAGGAAGAAAAGGACCAGCAUCGAGACCAACAUCCGCCUGACACUGGAGAAGCGAUUUCAAGAUAACCCUAAACCCAGCUCAGAAGAGAUCUCCAUGAUCGCAGAACAGUUGUCCAUGGAAAAAGAGGUGGUAAGGGUCUGGUUCUGCAAUAGACGGCAAAAGGAGAAGCGAAUCAACUGCCCUGUAGCCACACCCAUCAAGCCACCCAUCUAUAACUCCAGGCUGGUCUCUCCCUCAGGGUCUCUGGGAGCCCUCUCCGUCCCUCCUGUCCAUAGCACCAUGCCUGGAACAGUAACGUCAUCCUGUUCCCCUGGGAACAACAGCAGGCCUUCGUCUCCUGGCUCAGGACUCCAUGCCAGCAGUCCUACAACAUCUCAAAAUAACUCCAAAGCAGCAAUGAACUCCUCCUCCGGCUUUAACUCCUCAGGACCAUGGUACCGUUGGAACCAUCCCACCUACCUCCACUGAGGCCAAAAACUUCCUUCCAUUCCACCUGGCCCUUUGUUCCCACCAGGACAAAGGGGGGUCAUGCCUUCCAUGAAUGGACAGACUACUUGGGGACAGGUGGGAGAAAUGGCCACCGCUGAAGAGCAAACCCACAUUCUUGCCUUCUUGGGGAUCCAGAGACUCCAGAGAACCAAACUGUGACUGAAGGCCAUAAUGAUGCCUUGCUAAAGGCCACAUGGAUGCCUUAGGCUCUUGAUAAUCCUGCUGGGAGGUUACCAUGCUUGCCUGCCUUGCCUAUAGCCACUUCCCAGCUCUAAAGUUUUCCAUGGCUUCACUGUGGCUUCAUCUCUUGGAAGAAGAGCAUUGUGCCAUUGUUAUUCCUCAGCUGGCCUGUGGGCUUCUGGGGAGAGCUGUUUGCUUGGUGUGCCAAACUGCAAGAAUGGUAGAUCAUGGUUUGGAUUCUGCCCUCAGCCACAAUUCCAAACAGAUCCCAAAUUCUGUGGAAACACUGAAAUCUCAUGUCUCCCCCAAAGCCUUAUUUUGUUUAAUUAGCACGGUUUUCAUUUUUGCCUCACUUCCUUUUCUGUAAUCAAAUCCUUCCAUUCUUGUGCCCUACAAAGUCCCUCAGCCGGGCAUUGGUGGCGCACAUUGGUGGCAUCAGGAGGCAGGGGCAGAUG